CCCAUCUCCACCCCAAAAACCCGAAUCUUCCUCUCUCGUGUCCACCCUAAAAACUCUAAUCUAACCCCCUAACCUUCCUCUCACGCACGGCGCACCUUCUCUCUCCAUCCAUGGAUCAUUACAGAACUCUAGGUCUCACCAAAGACGCCACCAAGGAAGAAAUCAAGGAAUCCUUUCGCCGCUCCGCCCUAAAUUUCCAUCCCGACAGGCACGUCCAGUCGUCGGAGCUCGUCAGGCAGCGAGCAAUCCUGAGAUUCAAGCAGGCAUGCGAGGCCUACGAGGUUCUGAUCGAUGAUCGGAAGCGCGCGGAUUACGAUUUCAACCGCCGGCACGCCGGAGGACGUGGCGGCGCAUCGCCGGCUGCUUCGGGUGGGUAUCGGCGACGGUCGGCGGGAGGAGGGGGAUCAGGAUUGGAUGUGGAGUACCUCUUCAGAUUCAUGACGGCUCGUGGGGUUCUGUUCAGUCUGGCGUUUGCGAGAAAUUUUGAAGUUAAUAAAUUUCAGCUAUCCAGUAUUUUGUUAGGUGGUGCAGUUGUUGCUGAAAGAAGUGUGGAUGCAGUCUGGAGAUUAAACAAUAGCGGGAAAUCAUUUGAAGAUGCCAUGGAGUCCAUAGAGAAGGUCGGAAUACAAAAAGAUCACUGAGGCAGAAUAAACCCUACACCAGUUCUAAUAUCUAUUCAGCCUCAACAUGACCUAAUUCGAGUUAAGUCGGUUUAAAAUGAGCCGAGCUGACUUUUACUCGACUUAUUCAUGAGCUCAUGGACACUAGGCAAGCUCCUAGUCGAGUUGCUUAUAGCCAGCUUAACAUGUCAACUCAGCGAGUUAACUCAUUUGUAUAUGAUGUAAUAUAUAGAAUUGUUCGAUAUAUUUUGAAUAAAAUUAAAAUUUUUAAAGCUGUGUUGCUUACAAGAUACUCAUUGAGCAUAUGAACAUGCUAGUAAGGCAGCAUUGUUGAUACAUGCGCGCGCGCUCGC